AUGCACAACUAUGUGAAGUUUUUAAAUGAUAUUUUGACAAAGAAGAGAAGGCUUGGUGAAUUUGAAACAGUGGCUUUGACUAAGGGUUGUAGUGCUAUUUUGAAGAAUAAAAUUCCUCCCAAGUUGAAGGAUCCGAGUAGUUUCACAAUUCCAAUUUCUAUUAGGGGACAAGAAGUUGGUAAAGCUCUUUGUGAUUUGGGAGCUAGUAUUAAUUUCAUGCCCAUGUCCAUUUUUAAGAAGUUGGGAAUUGGAGAAGCAAGGCCAACUACACUCACUUUGCAAUUAGCUAACCAUUCUAUGGUGCAUCCAGAGGGAAAUAUUGAAGAUGUACUAGUACAAGUUGACAAGUACAUUUUUCAGACAGAUUUUAUCAUUCUUGACUAUGAGGAAGAUAGGGAGGUUCCAAUCAUUUUGGGGAGACCAUUCCUUGCAACCGGGAGGACUUUGAUAGAUGUUGAAAAAGGAGAGCUCGCCAUUCAAGAUCAAGAUGGACAAGUAACAUUCAAGGUUUUUAAUCCUAUACAUUCUCGUAAUGAAGUUGAAGCUUGCUUAGCCAUAAGUGCUUCCAACUCCAAGAUGAUUGAAAAGAUGCAUGAAAAGCAUACCAAGGGAGUGAUGAAAAAUGUCCAUUUUGAAGAAAUUGAGAAAGGUGGUGAACCAUGA